AUGGCCGUGAGCGCGGCGGCCGCCGCCGAGCCGCUGCCCCGCAGCAUCUUCAAGAAGUUCCUGGUGAUGCUCUGCUCGCUCCUCAUGUCCCUCUACGUCUUCUACUGCCUGGCCGACCGCUGCCAGACGCUGCCCGGACCCAUCAUCGCCGCCGGCGCCGCAUCGGAGGAGGACGAGGGCGGCGGCGGGGAGUUCCUGGGCGGCUCGGCCGAGCUGCCCCCCUGGCAGGCGGCGGCGGCGCGGCGCAAGCGGCUCCUGCAGCGGCUGAAGCAGCGGCGGCGGCGGCAGGAGGCGGCACCGGGCGCGGAGGAGCCGGCGGGGGGCGGCGGGAGCCGGGCCGGGGGCUCGGGCGGCGGGGCGGGCACGGCCGGCACCCUGGCCCUGCUGCUGGGCGAGGGCAGCAAGCGGCUGCCGCAGGCCAUCAUCAUCGGAGUGAAGAAGGGAGGGACGCGGGCGCUGCUGGAGUUCCUGCGGGUGCACCCCGACGUGCGCGCCGUGGGCGCCGAGCCGCACUUCUUCGACCGCAACUACGAGCGGGGACUCGCCUGGUACAGGGAGCUGAUGCCCAGGACACUGGAGGGGCAGAUCACCAUGGAGAAGACCCCCAGCUACUUUGUCACCAAGGAGGCCCCAGCCCGCAUCUCCUCCAUGAGCAAGGGCACCAAGCUGAUCGUGGUGGUGCGGACCCCCGUGACCAGAGCCAUCUCGGACUACACCCAGACCCUCUCCAAGAAGCCUGACAUCCCCACCUUUGAGAGCCUGACCUUCAAAAACAGGACUACAGGCCUCAUAGACACCUCGUGGAGCGCCAUCCAGAUUGGCAUCUACGCCAAGCACCUGGAGAACUGGCUGCUGCACUUCCCCAUCGGGCAGAUCCUCUUUGUCAGCGGGGAGAGGCUGAUCAGGGACCCCGCAGGGGAGCUGGGCAGGGUCCAGGACUUUCUGGGCCUCAAGAGGAUCAUCACGGACAAACACUUCUACUUCAACAAAACCAAGGGCUUCCCGUGCCUGAAGAAGGCGGAGGGCAGCAGCAAACCCCACUGCCUGGGCAAGACAAAAGGCAGGACCCACCCUGACAUCGACCAGGAGGUGGUGCAGAGGCUGAGGGACUUCUACAGGCCCUUCAACAUGAAGUUCUACCAGAUGACAGGGCAGGACUUCGGCUGGGACUGA